CGUCGUGACACAAAAAGCCUUCUAAUCAGAGAAAUAUGCUAGGCUUAUUUUUUCCAAUAUUACCAUAUUGUAAAAAAAAUUAUCAAAUAACUCUCGUAUAUAUAAACUGUGCACGAUUCGGUGCGAAUGUUCUAGAAAAACAAAAUGUGAAGUUUUACAUUUCUUGCGCUUGCACACAUUUGCAACACUGAAAAUGUCAAAUGCAUAAGUUUGCUAUGUGCAUAUGCCACACUGAUUUGACAAGUUAAACAGCUGACGUCCUUACUCUACGCAGUUCGCUUUCAGACACUGUAUUUUUUAUUGAGAAAAUGGUUGCAAAAAAAUUAGUAAAAAAAAGACUAAAAACACACAAGAAAUGGACAUAUGACGAAAUUAACAUUAUCUUAAAUUAUAUCAAAGAAAAUCCGGCACUAGAGGAUCCAACUGCGCAAGUUUAUUAUAAAGAUUUAAUUGCGAAAACCGGUAUAAACACUACAUGGGAUUUAAUACGGUGGAAAGUAAGGCACUUGAAGGCGAAAUAUAAAAAGGCGAACGAUUGGCGAAAUACGAUUGGAGCUGAUUUACUUGAAUCGGAUGCAGAAGCUACCAGUAUUGAAGGAAAAGUUCUACAAAUUUGCCCCUUUUACAAUCAACUAACUGAAAUUUUAUGCAAAACAUCCGAUGAGCAACAGAUUACUUCAGUGGUCAACACUGAAAGUAGGUUAGAUCCGCUUAAAACUUCUUUGUCCAAUGAUGGUUGCGUUGAGCAAACCGCUUACUUUAUCGAAGUUGUUUGUGAUAAUGUGAAUAUCAAAGAGGAAGUUAUUGAGUCUCAGAAUGCGAUUUCAACAGAAGGAGCUCCAAUUGACUUAGCAGAGCCAAGUUCUUCCACAACGACGUCAAGAAAUAAUGAUUUACCAAAGAAGACCUUUGUGGACAGGUCUUCGUCGGCUGAUCUUGCAGAUUUUCAAGCUGAGCGAAUGGCAAUCUGCAAAUUGAAAUUGGCUUGGAGAAAGGAAAAACAUCAACAACAAUUAUUGUUAAGUGAAAGAAAAAUGAAGUUAAAGGAGCAAAAACUGAGGGCUGACAUAGAUUUCAAAAAAAGAAAAUUGGAAUUAAAGGCUUUAAAAAUCGAAACAGAAGAAAAAUUAAAAAUGUUCAAAAUCGAAAAAGAUGAACGAAUUGCGAAAUUCGAAAUUGAGUUGGCGUAUAAAUACAAGACAAAAUAAUUAUUGUUAAAUACUUUUUCUUU